AUGAGACUAAAAUUCUUCUUGACACCACACAUGUGUGUUAUGGCAGCACUGAUCUGCUCAAGACAGCUAUUUGGGUGGCUCUUUUGCAAAGUACAUCCUGGUGCUGUUGUUUUUGCUAUAUUAGCAGCAAUGUCAAUACAAGGUUCAGCAGAUCUGCAAACCCAGUGGAAUAUUGUAGGAGAGUUCAGCAAUUUGCCACAAGAAGAACUUAUAGAGUGGAUCAAAUAUAGUACUAAACCAGAUGCAGUGUUUGCGGGUGCCAUGCCCACGAUGGCAAGUGUUAAGCUCUCUGCACUUCGGCCCAUUGUGAAUCAUCCACAUUAUGAAGAUGCAGGCUUGAGAGCCAGAACAAAAAUGGUAUACUCAAUGUAUAGUCGGAAAGCAGCUGAAGAAGUGAAGCGAGAACUGAUAAAGUUAAAAGUGAACUAUUACAUUCUAGAAGAGUCAUGGGGUGUAAGAAGAUCCAAGCCUGGUUGCAGUAUGCCUGAAAUUUGGGAUGUCAAAGAUCCUGCCAAUGCUGGGAAAACUCCCUUAUGUAACCUCUUGGUGAAGGAUUCCAAACCUCACUGCACCACUAUAUUCCAGAGCAGUGUUUACAAAGUCCUAGAAGUUGUAAAAGAAUGA